UAUUAUCUCCUUUUUCAAGAAAUCAAACAAGCCCUCCUCCCUCUUCAUUUUCUCCAUCUAUGGACAGAUAUUCUCGAGACGGAGCGAAUCUGAGCUUCGAGAGAGACCGGGCCUACGGGUUCUCGUGGCCUCAGAGGAACUAUAGCUGCAGCUUUUGCAACAAGGAGUACAAAUCUGCUCAAGCUCUUGGAGGUCACAUGAAUGUGCACAGGAGAGAUAGAGCAAGAAUGAGGCUUUCUCCAAACCCUAACCCUAACCCUAGUUUGUCAUCGUCUUCGUCUGCGAUGCCCUCCACAGCUAAGCUCUCGCCUUGUAAUAAUGUAGCACAUCUUGCUGAGAUCAGCUCACCGUCUCCACCUCCUCCCCGAGAAGAUGAGCUUGGAGCCACCGCCCUUUCCUCACCGCGCCAAAGCAUGGAGAAAUGCAAGAAUGGUGAUGUGGAAAUGCUUGAGUUUGCUAGCUUUUCAAGAAGAAAUGAUUUUAUAAGAUUGGAUUUGAGCUUGGGUUUGAUGCAAGAUGCAAAGGAGGAUUCGAGUUCGGAUUUGGAUUUGGAUUUGGAUUUGGAGCUUCGACUUGGUUGCUCAUAGAGAUGGUAUGUCCAAAAAUGUUUUUUAUUUGGACCUUGAAAUUUUUACCUCUUUCUUCCUUCCUCUUGGAAUUUGGAUUACCACUCUUUCAGCAGAGACAAUUAAAAGCCAAAAAAAUCAUAUAAAAUGAAUUGCAAAUCACCUUUCUUUUCUUCUUGCUUAGAGAUUGUGUGACG